UUAAUAAUUAUUAAAAUAAGUAUCGAUCCACAUGGGCCGAGCCAAGCCCAGUAAGCUUUCCUUUCGUCAACGUCUUUUCAACAGUUUUUGAGCUUUGGUGCGUUCCCCAGCAAACAAACACGAAAUCCUACGUUCCGCGGAUCCAUUCGCACUGCUCCGAUCUCUCUCCAUCUGUAAUGGUGAGUUCUCAAUAGGAUACUCCAAAACCGUAGACGAAACAAAUAUUGGUGCGAGACAUGAACUAUCGAAGGGAGAAUCGUGCAUCGAGAACAUCUCUCUUUGACGGACUCGAUGGACUUGAGGAAGGUCGCUUGAGAGCCUCCUCUUCCUACUCUCAUGAUACCACCGAACGCGACAAUGACGAAGCCCUUGAAAGUCUUCAGGACAGAGUUUCGUUUCUCAAGAGAGUGACUGGAGACAUACAUGAGGAAGUUGAGAGUCAUAACCGCAUGCUUGACAAAGUGGGUAACAAAAUGGACUCGGCCAGGGGAAUAAUGUCAGGAACAAUCAACCGUUUCAAGUUGGUCUUUGAGAAGAAGUCGAAUCGAAAAACUUGCAAACUCAUUGGGUAUUUUGUGCUCCUGUUCUUGGUCAUGUAUUACCUUAUUAGACUAUUAAACUACAUCAAAGGGUGAACUUGGAUGCAAGAAGAAAGUAGAUUGUUUACAUCAAUACUCGUUUCGUUUCAUUUUUGGGUUUCUUCUGAUGAAUGAUUCAGGCAACAUUGAACUAGUCAAGGGACCCUUGUUAAAAACAAGGUCAAGAAAAGAGAUUGUUGUCAAGAGACUAGUGAACCGAAAGAAAAGGGUAGAUAGAGGCACGUUUUUUGCCCCAAGCACAAUUAUCUCAUUGCCAUUUCGUGUAAUAAUCUAGUAUAUCUUCUUUAUGAAUUCCCAACUAUUUGGAUCACCAACAAACAAGGCCUUGGAUCGUGUCAGCAACUUUGUCUACCAAAAGCUUAAUUGAUAUGUUUAAUUAUUAGAUUUGAUUC